GUCAGGUCACAUACAAGUGCUCAAGGAAUUGCCCUUUCAGAUCCAUUUAUGCGUCUACCAAAUCGCCGUUUCUAUCCUGAUUAUUAUCAAGAAAUUAAACAUCCAAUGUCUCUUUCUAAAAUUAAAUCUAAAAUUAAGAUGCGCUUUUAUCGUUCCACCGUCGAGGUUGUAGAUGAUUUGAAUACCAUGUUCGAGAACGCUAAAAAGUAUAAUCGACCUGAUUCCAAGAUUUUUAAGAAAGAGAGUACACUCCAUUUACCUUGGCCGCCGUAGGGUCUUACAGUCCAAUCGAACAUGAAUUGAAAGCGUUUUCCUCAUCACACCAUCACCACAGUGUUCAUCCCUCUCACCACCCCGGUCAUCAUCAUCCAAGCCUUGUAUCACCUCAUCAUACCCACUAUCAUGCAAUGGCCGUUGCAGCGCAACAACAUCUCCAAGCAAAUUCAUCCUCAUUGAUGCCUCCAACACCAACAUCAACAUCUACUUCUCAAGGGUCCAUUCACAAUAGACCGAGUUCCGGUUCAGGGUCUCUGAAUCCGACCAACGGUAGUAUAACAGUGUGAAAAUGAAGUGUGGAAGUGGUAAUAAUAAUAGUGGUAAUGAUAGAAACAGUGGAACCAAUGGGUCGAAUGGAUCAUCGGCAAAUCACCACCAUUAUCAUCAUCAUCAUCCGCAACAUCAUCAUUCGUCUAAUAGUGACAAUAAUUCAUCUCAUCAUCAGAAUUCCCUUCAUCAUCCUCUUCAUCAUUCCCACCAAACAUCAUUAGAGACUAUUCAUCAUCAUUACAAUUAAAUUCUUUCAUGCUAUCAAACUGAUUGAUAAUUUCUCACCAUUUAGAAUUUAAAUUUUCCAUCAAAAUCGACAAUUAAAAUUGAAUGGAAAUUUAAUCUUCGAUUGUAAAUGAGAAGAUGGUCCCUCGGAAUUUCUGUCAACAAAAUUGAUUCAACAUGUGGUUGAGAUUUAAUUUUGACAAGAAAAUAUUAUGAUCAAAUUAAGAUUUCUGGGCUAUUUAACCAGAAGGAAAUUGUUUAUUAUCGGAUUAAGUUUAAGUAUAUUUUACCUGUUGUAUCAAUUAACCUUCAUCACUGCUUUAUCUAAAUUGUUGGCUUCAAGGUCACUGGAAAAAUCAUUCACUAAUCAUCAUCCUAACAAUCAUGGAGAUGAAGAUAAUUAUGUUGAUGAUGAUCAAUUGUUGUCUCCAUUGAAAGGAUCACCAAAAGUUAAUUAUUUUGCUAAAGAUUCGUUUAAAAAGAAUACCAAAAGAAGACCAGUUAAACCUUUGGGUAAAAUAAUUCUUGGUGUUAGUAAAUUUGAUUUUAAAUAUUAUCAAGAAAAAGAUGGUGGUCAAUUUAGAUGUCGAUCCAGUGGUGAGGAAAUUUCUUAUUCUCAAGUUAAUGAUGAUUAUUGUGAUUGUCAAGAUGGAAGUGAUGAACCAUCAACUGAUGCUUGCCCUCAAUUCAAAUUUUAUUGUAUUGUUAAAACGUUCAAUGGACUAACAAGUAUUCCUUCAUCAAUGGUUAACGAUGGUAUUUGCGAUUGUUGUGAUGGUAGCGAUGAGUAUCUUAAUCGUUCCACUCCGGCAAUAACUUUCGGUGGUAAAUUAACUCUUCCUUCAAAAGGUGUAUACCUAACACCCUGUAAAUGGCGAUGUUCCAGUUAAGUGUAACACACAAAUACUCACAAACAAAAUAUAAUCUCCCCCUUGUAAUAUAUAAACAAAAAACCACUACAAAAAUCAAUUGAUCCAGUUAGUUUUUCAACAAAGAAAAACAAAAAAAAUAUUUAAAAUAUUUUUCAUAAUUUCCAUAAUUCUGAGAUGUUAAUAUUUAUUAUCAGAAAAUUGAUUUUUCCAUUUUACUCAAAAAAUUUUUAUCAAUAAAUUCUCUCUCAAAUCACAAAAAUCACAAAUAAAUGGAAUCAACAAGUUAAUCAAAAAAAAAAGAAAACCGAAUCAAUGUGAAAAUAAAAUUCGUAUUUGGCGGUUUUCUUUUUUCGAAAAUCCCGGUUAAUCCAAGGCGAGUCUCCCUCUUUUUCCCAACAAGAUGAACGAACUCGCUGGUUAAAAGCUUUUGGAUGAUUUCUAUUGAAUGUUUUUUUUUAUUUCUUCCCUUUAAUUAAUAAAAUAAUUCCCUUUAA